AUGGAGAGUCUCGAAGACGUAAUCGCCAGGGAAGAGGCUGAAAGACAGCAGAGUUUGAGAGACUUAGAGCAGCUCUACGAGUGGCUCCAACAGUUUGAGGAUCCCCCUCCGGCCCCCCGGCCGCCGCCUCCAUAUCAGUUUCGAAACGGUGACAUCACACAAAAAGGAUAUGAGAAGAAGAGAACUCGACUACUCACUCCCUACAUUCCUAAACACCAACCAAAAGUUCGACAAGAGGCCGUUCAACAGGCUCUCGCACAAGCCUUACAAAAUAGGCACAAACCCUCGAUGCCGAUGCCGUCCAAAAGAACAUCAGUCAUGGCGAGGAGUCCAGACCGAGAUAGACAUGACUCUGAAUCUUCGUCGGACGAAGAUAGUAUUGUAAACGAAGAGACAGUUGAAAGUACCCCCGAAAGGGAAAGAGUACGAGACCGCAGUACUCCUCAGAUGUUUCCACCUCCACCUUUAUCUGAUACCAGCAGUACUGGUUCUCCACCGCCCCUACAUCACAGGCCUCGACUACCCCCUCCUACAAAUUAUGAGGACAAAAGGAGAAUCGAGAUAACGGAAAUCAGCGAUGUUCUUCAGAAUUUUAGGCCAUAUUCGCAACCCCCUGACGUCACUCACAACACUGCUCAAGGUGGACGUAGGCCGGCAGCUGAUAGAGUAAAUCGUUAUGGUUCUUCGGGAUCGGAUGAUACCGUAGGAACUGGUACUGGAAGAUGGAAAGUCUCUACCAAAAUUCAGCAGUUACUGAAUACGUUAAAGAGACCGAAACGACGGCCAUUACCGGAAUUCUAUGAAGACGACGACAUUGAGUUAGAAAUCGCUGCUAACCCCAAAGAUCCGAAUGCUCCUAAACCAGAAGGAAGCUGCAUGAGUCCCGCAGUAGGUGAACAAUUGGUAGUUCCAUCGGGACUACCAAGAAGUUUAGAGGCCGCCAUAACCAGGUAUGGCAAUGGUACAUAUAAAGCUCCAGUAGCAACUGUAUUAGAUCCAAAUGGAAAAAUGUCAGUAACAUUAACGUACGGUAAACUUCUAAGUCGAUCGCACAAAAUAGCAUACGCACUUUUGACCAAAUCGUUUAGCAAAAAUGGUGAUACUAGUCUAAAAUCUGGUGAUCGUGUAGCUCUAGUCUAUCCAAAUAAUGAUCCAAUCAACUUUUUGUGUGCUUUCUACGGAUGCCUGCAAGCUGGCAUCGUACCAGUGCCAAUAGAAGUGCCUAUCACAAGAAGAGACGCAGGAUCUCUACAAAUUGGAUUCCUUUUGGGCAGUUGUGCAGUCCAAGUGGCUUUAACUUCUGAAGCUUGUUUAAAGGGACUGCCUAAGACCGCUUCAGGAGAGGUGAUCCAGUUCAAGGGAUGGCCCAAGCUGACGUGGUUCGUUACCGAACAUUUAGCUAAGACUCCAAAAGACUGGUCCCCUACACCUAGAUUGACUGAUGAAACACCUGCAUAUAUAGAAUACAGUACCGACCGUGACGGCUCAGUAAUGGGUGUAACCAUCACGCGCACAGCAAUGGUACAACAUUGUCGAAUGUUGACCAUGUCCUGUAAUUACACCGAAGGAGAAAACAUGGUUUGCGUUUUAGACUUUAAAAGAGAAGUCGGAAUGUGGCACUCAGUAUUAACAAGCGUAUUAAAUGGCAUGCACGUGAUCUACAUCCCUUACGCAUUAAUGAAAGUCAACCCAGCAAGUUGGAUGCAAAUGAUUACUAAGCAUCGUGCUUCUGUUGCCGUAGUCAAGUCCAGAGACCUUCAUUGGGGUCUGCUAGCUACGAAAGACCACAAAGAUGUCAACCUGGGUUCGCUGAGGAUGCUUCUAGUUGCAGAUGGAGCGAAUCCUUGGUCGCUAAGCUCCUGUGAUCAAUUCCUAUCAGUAUUUCAGACGAAAGGACUCCGAGCUGACGCUAUUUGUCCUUGUGCCAGCUCCAGUGAGGUUUUGACAGUGUCCGUCAGAAGGCCUGGUAGAGGAGGAGUUAAUGCUACUGGUAGAGGCGUUUUGUCAAUGCAAGGAUUAAGUUAUGGUGUUGUUAGAGUAGAUCAGGAGAACAGUUUGACUUCAUUGACAUUACAAGACUGUGGACAAGUGAUGCCAGGUUGUGUGAUAGUUGUAGUAAAAAUGGAAGGACCCUCUUACCUCUGCAAGACAGACGAAGUGGGAGAAAUAUGCGUCAAUUCAGGAGCAACCGGUACCCAGUACUGGGGUCUGCAAGGUCUUAGUAACAGUACUUUCAAAGUACAACCGCUAGGAACUGACGGCAAACCAAUAUCGGAUGCAGAAUACACUAGGUCCGGUCUGUUAGGAUUUUUAGGACCUGGUGGGUUGGUAUUCGUUUGUGGAUCGCGCGAUGGACUAAUGACGGUGACGGGAAGGAAGCACAAUGUGGACGAUAUAAUAGCGACAGUUUUGGCUGUGGAACCGAUGAAGUUCAUUUACCGAGGACGUAUAGCUGUGUUUAGCAUCAAAGUUUUGAGAGACGAAAGAAUUUGUGUCAUAGCCGAACAAAGACCAGAUUGUAGCGAAGAAGAGUCAUUCCAAUGGAUGUCAAGAGUACUUCAAGCUGUAGACUCGAUUCAUCAAGUCGGUCUUUACUGUUUGGCUUUGGUACCUCCAAAUUACCUGCCGAAGACACCUCUCGGAGGAAUUCAUUUGUCUGAGACUAAACGGAGAUUCAUGGACGGUAAUUUGCAUCCAGCAAACGUACUCAUGUGCCCCCACACUUGCGUUACCAAUCUACCUAAACCUAGAGAAGUUCAUACAGCAACGGAAUGUGUUUCAGACGUGGGACCGGCGUCUGUUAUCGUCGGAAAUCUUGUUCAAGGAAAUAGACUUGCUAGCGCACAAGGAAGGGAAGUAGGAGGGCUUUUAGACGAAGAAGCUGAUUCUUCCAAAAAGCAACAAUUUAUUGCUGAAAUUCUACGAUGGAGGGCCCAAGGUACUUCGGAUCACAUCCUCUUUACCCUUCUGAACAGCAAAGGAGCAGUAGCCAAGGUGCUUUCUUGUUCUGAACUUCAUAAAAAGGCUGAAAGAAUAGGAAAUCUUCUUGUAGAAAAAGGAAAAAUCAACACUGGUGACCACGUGGCGCUAAUUUUCCCACCAGGAUUGGACCUUAUAUGUGCUUUCUAUGGAUGUUUAUACGUUGGUGCUGUCCCCGUAACUAUUAGACCCCCGCAUCCACAAAAUUUGCAGACAACGUUGCCAACAGUCAGGAUGAUUGUAGACGUAUCGAAAUCCGUGCUAGUGCUUUCAAUCCAGGCUGUGAUCAAACUUCUUCGCUCAAAGGAAGCCAGUAACGUAGUAGAUAUCAAAUCAUGGCCUUUGAUUUUGGACACCGACGACAUGCCUAAAAAGAAAUUGCCAGUGCCAUAUAGGGCUCCUACCGCUGAAAUGAUGGCUUAUUUAGAUUUUAGCGUUUCAACGACAGGAAUGUUAGCCGGCAUAAAAAUGUCCCAUGCUGCUGUGACAAAUUUGUGCAAAAGUAUGAAGUUGGCUUGUGAAUUGUAUCCAAGCAGGCACAUCGCUUUGUGUUUGGAUCCGUACUGUGGACUAGGAUUUGCUCUUUGGUGUCUGAGCAGCAUAUAUUCCGGUCAUCAUUCCAUUUUAAUCCCACCAUCUGAAGUAGAAGUGAAUCCAGGACUCUGGUUGACAGCAGUCAGUCAAUACAAAGUCCGAGACACGUUCUGUUCGUACGGAGUCAUGGAACUUUGUACAAAAGGUCUCGGUUCGUCAGUGAAUCAGCUCAAAACCAGAGGAAUCAAUUUGGCCUGUGUUAGAACUUGCGUCGUAGUAGCAGAAGAGCGACCAAGAAUGAAUUUAACCACUAGUUUUUCGAAAUUGUUUAGCGCUUUGGGACUGAGUCCUAGGGCAGUUUCUACGUCGUUCGGAUGCAGAGUUAACGUAACGAUUUGUUUGCAAGGUGCUUCGAGUCCUGAACCUUCAACUGUUUAUGUAGAUUUGAGGGCUUUGAGAAAUGAUAGGGUGAGCUUAGUAGAAAGAGGCAGUCCUCAUAGUUUGUGCGUGAUGGAGAGUGGGAAAUUGUUACCUGGUGUUAAAGUCAUCAUCGCCAAUCCUGAAACGAAAGGGCAAUGUGGAGAUUCUCAUUUGGGCGAGAUAUGGGUGCAGAGUGGACAUAACGCUAGUGGUUAUUUCACUAUUUACGGAGAUGAGAGUGAAUAUGGAGAUCAUUUUAAUGCCCAUUUAGUAACUGGCAAUACCGGAGAAGUAUAUGCUAGAACCGGCUACUUGGGAUUCUUGAGAAGGACAGAACUAUCAGAAACCACUGGUGCCACAGACGAAACUAUAAUUAGUAGAGAAAGUGACAACGAGUCUUUAGGUUCUUCGCACCACAUUUUACCUUCUGCAUGUGAUUCACCCGAACUGCACGAUGCAGUAUUUGUUGUAGGUGCUUUAGACGAAACUAUUAUGUUGAGAGGCAUGAGAUAUCACCCCAUAGAUAUAGAAAACAGCGUUAUGAGGUGCCAUAAAAAAAUUGCUGAAUGCGCUGUAUUCACUUGGACUAACCUACUGGUCGUAGUGGUAGAAUUAGAUGGUAACGAAAGUGAAGCUCUAGAUCUUGUUCCCUUAGUCACCAACACCGUUUUAGAGGAACAUCACCUUAUCGUCGGUGUUGUAGUAGUUGUCGAUCCCGGAGUCGUUCCCAUCAAUUCACGGGGAGAAAAACAACGGAUGCACUUACGCGACGGAUUUCUAGCUGACCAAUUAGAUCCAAUUUACGUGGCAUAUAACAUGUAA